AUGUCUCAAGGCUCAAGACUUCAAGGCAAAGUUGCCAUCGUCACAGGAGGCGGAUCUGGCUUUGGAGCAGCCAUCGCGAAGCGUUUCGGCGAAGAAGGCGCAAAGGUCAUUGUUACGGAUAUCAAUGUCGAAGGCGGGGAAAAGGUCGCCGCCCAGAACGCCAGCAACUUGAUCUUCCAGCGCAUGGACGUCACUCAGGAGGCAGACUGGAAUGAGAUUCUGGAUCUGGCAUUCGCCAAAUUCGGGCGAGUGGAUGUGUUGGUGAAUAAUGCUGGGACUACUUAUCGCAAUAAGCCCACGGCUGAAGUCACCGAGGAUGAGUGGGAGAGGGUCUUCAAGGUCAAUGUGAAGAGUAUAUACUUAGCUGCAAAGACAGUUAUGCCGCGCUUCAUUGAUCAAGGCCAGGGUGGGUCGGUCGUCAACAUCUCCUCGACGGGAGCUAGUCGGCCACGGCCUGGGUUGGUUUGGUACAAUGCUUCCAAGGGUGCAGUGACGAACGCUACUAAGGGUCUUGCUGCUGAGUACGGUCCUCACAAUAUCCGAGUCAACAGCGUUGCUCCCCUCCUCUCUGGGACUGGGCUUUUCUCAAUGUUUACCGGCAUGGAAGACACCCCCGAGAACAGAGAGAAGUUCAUUGGAAAUGUCCCGCUAGGCCGUCUCACCGAGGCAGAUGAUAUCGCCAAUAUGUGCCUUUACCUGGCUAGUGAUGAAGGUCGAUUCAUCAACGGCACUGAGAUGGUUGUCGAUGGUGGAAAAUGUAUCUAA